UUCGGUGACGUCACAAGGUUGCAGUCUGGCUAAGAGUCGUCAAGAUUACAGAUAACUUCAAGUGACAGACGAGUAGCGAGUAGUCCAUUUCGUUGAUCUCGUGACCUUUGGAGGUCAUCCUAAAACGUCCAGAAUGCCGCUGUUCGGCCAGAAGAAGUCCCCUGUGGAUAUGGUCAGGGGACUCAUGGAGGCCCUCAAACAGUUGGAUGCUCCAGGAAGGAAAUCUGAAAAGGCUCAAGAGGAGGUGGCACGGUAUCUCACCCAGAUGAAGAACGUCCUGUACGGUAGUGGAGACCAGGAGCCUCAGGUUGAGCCCAAGGCACAACUCUGCAUGGAGAUGUGCAAUUCAGACCUGUUCUUUCAUCUUAUACAGAAGCUGCCAAAAAUAGAUUUUGAGAGUAAGAAGGACAUUGUCCAAAUCUUCACGAAUGUCCUCCGACGACAGAUAGGGACAAGGUAUCCUUCAGUUGAAUAUGUGUGUACAAAGGAUGAAAUUUUGUUCCUGUUAUUGAAGGGGUAUGAUAAGCAAGAGAUCGCCCUGACCUGCGGUAUGAUGUUACGGGAAUGCUGUCGGCACGAAGCUCUUGCUAAAGUGAUUCUCAAUUCAAAAGACUUCUACCUAUUCUUCAGUUACGUGGAGACGUCGACAUUUGAUAUUGCAUCGGACGCUUUCAUAACUUUCAAGGAUCUGCUCACUAGGCACAAGAUCACUUGUGCAGAAUUCCUCGACAAAAAUUAUGACCAAGUGUUUGAAAACUAUGGGAAGAUGUUGAACUCUGAAAACUACGUGACAAGGCGGCAGGCUCUAAAGCUACUGGGUGAGCUGCUUCUCGAUCGGCACAACUUCACGACGAUGACCAAAUACAUCUCAAAUCAAGAUAACUUGAAGUUAAUGAUGAACCUGUUAAAGGACAAGAGUAGGAACAUCCAGUUUGAGGCGUUCCACGUCUUCAAGGUAUUCGUCGCCAACCCACACAAAACAUUUCCAAUUCUGAAAAUCCUGAUCCAAAAUCGUGAAAAACUCGUUGAAUUCCUGCGGAAUUUCCACACAGAUCGAUCAGAUGAUGAACAAUUUAAUGACGAAAAAACUUAUUUAAUCAAACAAAUCAAGGAAUUACAAUAUCCACCUGGUCAGCCUGUGGCCGCUCAGUAACGGACCAAUAGAGGGCGAUAAAGUAUAGCUCGACCUUUAGAAUGAAGCGCUUGUGUCUUGAAUACUGAUUUCGAGUGACUUGGCUGAUUCUGUGCGACCAGUUCAGAAUGCAAGAUUCGGAAGCAUGGCUGAGUAUUUAGUUUCGCCACAAUUUCACAUGCUUAUAAUGUGCAGUGCGGACUAGAUCUUGUGUAGGCAGCGACGGACAUGGCUGGUCCAGGAUUUCAGUCGAGCGUGAGCGCAGUAUGAGAGCAAAUGGACUUUGGCUGAUGUGCGUGCUCUAAAGAUAAUUGCCUCCAUUCAGGGACCGUGUGGUACGGACCUGAUGCCACUGAGGACAGGGGCGGGUGUUUAGGACACCAAACAGAAUCAUGGAGGGUGAUGUGGUCUGAACAUACCAAGAAGGCAGACGUACAUCAUACAUACUAAUCCAACAUAACAUCUAUUGAACUGAAAACUAUCGACUGGUGUCAGAAAAGUGAGCGGGUGUCGUUCACCAUUUUAUUCUAUGGUAAUUUGUCACAUCCUGUGUGGAGUCUAUCACCAACUGCAUUUCUCGUGUGUGUCUGAGGGAGCCAUUGCCAAGUGUAGCUUCGUGGUAAACUCAUUGAAGCAAGAUAAGUGAUGAUGUCAAAUUGGUCAAGUCUGUUAUGUUGUUCAAUGCACUGUCAAGACUGCUUUUGGUGAGACGUCAGAAAGACACUGUUUCGAAACAAUGUACUGGAUUAUCUGUCUAUUGUUGACGGCCCAGUUAUCUAAGGUAUAGCCGUAUGAGGCAACCACAGACAUGUAUCAUAUUUUGUAUUUGUUCAAUGACUACUAAAUCUGUAAAUAUUCUGUUCGUUGUAAUGUAUGUAUUGUUCAUUCGUUCGGUGAUUCAAUUUUCUGAAGGGGUCAAGUAAAAUGUUGAUAAGUUAGAAGAUUUCUGAUUGGUCGCAUGAUACUUUGCUUAGCCCAAUCAGAAAGCUUGUUACAUGAGUGGAUUUAUCUCUCGUUCGACUGAUGCAGUAUGUGACGUAAAAAAGUAUUUUGAAAAACUGAACAGACCUCUUCUUAUUUGAAAAUAACAUGACAAAACAACGUCGUGUUGUCAGAGGCGCUGAGCCACAAAAGUAAGGUGCCAUAUGUUGACCUGUGCAGUCUCUCAAACAUGUUAACAUUUCCUGCAGGUCCCCCGACAACCCUUCCCCAUAGCAUCGGGGCCAGACCGGGUCAUAUGUCUGCAAACCUUUAGCAAAGGUUCACCAUUUGCAUUGGUCCACCUUGGGAGAGAGAAUGGUUUCUGUAUAAAUAUGUUAGGUUGACCUCUCAGUCUCACUGCCCUGUUUGCAGCAGUUAUUUCUGUGCGUGCUUAUUAGCUGAUGCGUUUCGGGUGAAACUCGAAGCUCCAUCUGAAGGUUGAAGAGCACAUUGCUUCAGAAAAAGCUGUGUGGUGAUCCGUGUGUGCUAAGUCUGAUGUAAACCAGGCAGUGAGAUUGAAGGGUGCUGCUUUAUUGAGCUUUCAUCGUGAAUCUGUUAUUGAAUGCCAUAUAACUGUAGACAUCAUAUGUAGCAUAGAAAAUCCAGAAUUUCAAUCAAGCCAGGACGUAAGUAAGAAAACUUUCUGUUAAACAGCACAGGGAAAGUGUGUUAUAAAAUCUAUGACAUACAUGUUAGGAUAAUAGCCACAGUCUUAGGAAAUAACCUCUGUGAGUUGUUCAGCGUUGUGUUCGAAGCAGUCUUUGUCAUGAGUCUUCUGAGGACAAAGUCACAACCCAAUAGAGUUGUGGCGUUGUCCUCAGAAGACUGAUUUGCUGCGACAAGAAUCAUCUAGAACUUGGAGCUUUAGUUUGACCUACUCGCACCAGGUGUCGCUGUAGAAACUAUUCCUUAUCUAAUUGCAAUAGGACGAAAGUUCAGCUGAUUACAGCCUUGUAUGAAUACAAUUAUUUGUAAAUAAAACAAUGUCUAAUGGACAUUUAAUGGA